CCAAAGGGAGUCGUAGCCGCCAACUUGAAGCGUUUGACGCGUGGAUAGUAAUGAAGAUGGUGCGCACCCUUUCGUUGUUGGGCUUCCUUCUCUCGUGGUCAAGUAUCACCUUUGCCGUAGAAUUACACGGGUACAUACAAUGGAAUAAGCUGUGUCCUGACUAUGGGGCGCUUGCAUCUGCCAAGGUCCUUCUUGAUUCAGGAAGGAUAUCAGGACGCGUCACACGCAAUGGAAACUUUUCAAUACUAGAUGUCCCCCCAGGGACAUAUGUUCUCUCCGUACUAUCCCAUGAUUAUUCGUUUGACCAUGUUCGAAUAGAUGUCCCUCCUUCCGAGACUCUGCCAGAAGUCCGACCGUACAUAUUCGGCACUCCUCUGCUUACGACGACCUCCUUUAACCUUCCCUAUCCAAUCGUGCUGACCCCCCGUCACAAGAACAGAUACUUCUCGCCUCGCGAAUCCUUCAAUCUCCUGGGGAUGUUCCAGAGCCCAAUGAUGAUGAUCAUGGUAUUGACUAGCGUGAUGAUGCUUGCAAUGCCCUAUAUCGUGAAACAAUUGGACCCGGAAACACUCGACGGACUGAAAGGACACGCGACGACUGCGAGUAUAGAGAAGUCCAUCCAGAAUGGCGAUCCCAGAGGGCUAUCUGCUCUUCUCUCUGCUGGUGAAGAAACUAAAGCAAGCACGCCUGUCGCAAAGUCCAAUACAGGCCCUUCAACGCUUCAACAACGAAAAGGUGGUAAAGGCAAUAAACGUCGAUGACAUAUACUCCUACAUUUCUUUCAUAGAAGGGGAGAAGUGGCUGUGGUUGGAAUAUGAUGUAUUACAUGCGUGAAACUACGUCGGACGUGGUGAUCUGGGCCGUGAGCUAGACCGAGAUGGCGGGAUACCACCGGCCUUCCCGAUUCCGGGGUAAUCGAAGACACAACGAAGCACCGUAUUUCU